CUUUGCUAACCUCUCACUCUUUUGGAAAAGCACUAUUCAAACCUUCACACGACUGGAUCGUGCCUUUGUUCCUCUUACCACUCCACUCAUUACCACUAGUACAGCUGCGCUGUUACGUCCCAUCACUAACACUAUCAUGGACCAGUUCAACCAAUUCCAUGCUAUUGGCGACAAUGCCUCGAUGUUACCUUACGGAAACUCGCAGACUCAGGAAGUCCCGAACUCUGCCGAACCGCUCCCUCUGGAAGAAGAGGUUGACUAUGAUUUCUACCUACAGGAAGAGCCUGCUGAUGAGACCGUCGAUCGACAAAGCCUCCACCAAGACAAAGCCAGCACAACUCCUGACGCUUUGGGCUACGAAAAUCUGAUGAACAUGGAUUUCGGUCCGCAGAAUGAAUACUUGGGAGAUACGGAUCUGUUUGCUCUUCCCUACGAAGACGUUGCUGACACCCAAGCUCCUCCGGCUGUAGAACCACAGGCUAUGUACCCGGAAGUCGCCUACUACCCUGAUACUCCUCCAUAUAUCUCCCCAAUUGCAAGUCUGUUUAGCCCUCUAGUCGCUUUACCUACUAUAAUCACAACCCAGACACCGUCUGGUCCAGAACAAGUAGGUGCAUACCGCAACCCCAUUCUCAGUCUCUUCACAGAUCCAGCUACCCCUCUCUCUGUCAUCGACAAUCUCAUAUAUCCCUUCGGGCACGAGCUCCAAGUGGCGCUCGAGAAGGCGUUGCAGCUUCAGCAGAACCAGCAGAGCUACCAAGCAGGCUACUUAGCAGCAGCCAACGACCUCAACAGACGCGCUCAAGAAGACCAAUCUAUGGAGCAAGAGUUACGAAACUACCUCUCACCUCUGCCACCUAUGGUAGGCCCGAUGUUUGGUCCGAACCCCACACCAAUUCCUGAGUUCAUAACGGACCCAGAUCUCACAUCGGUGCCAGUACAGGAAGAUGAGGAGGAAGACCAAGACGAAGAGUUGAACGGGAAGAAAUAUGGCAAUAGACGGCCCUUCAAUAUCAGGAACUUCGACCCAACCAAGUUCUACACACCUAUUGCCUCGAAACCCGAGUCCUGGGGAUCUAUCGACCCCGAGACCGACGAGCCAAUCUUCAAGUACACGGCUUUCGGUGAGCUUAACCCCCUCUCUGCCUUCACACCAGCACAGAUCGCCGAGUACAUCGGCGGCCACCCCCUCAACCAAGCCGCCAACUCGGACAAAUUCUCAGGCCUCACCCUCCUCAUCCAAACCGUCCCCGCCGACUCCGGCCGUCGCUACCCCAACAAAGCCUCAGACAAGUGCCGCUUCUCCUGCUGCCCGGACCACCUGCGCACGAUCCGCAAAGGCGACUUCCGGGUCGCCUUCGACGAGGCGCAGAACGCGACCAGCGACCCGUACCACAACGCGGGCUACGUGCACUUGUCCUGUCUCGAGCGCUUCCUCGACUUCCCGCAGAUCUGCAAAGAUUUUAACGUCCAGCCCGAUACCCGCGUCUUGCCCGAGGGCAAGAACAAGAUGGCCAUCACGCGCGACCAUGCGUCGAUGGAGGGGGUUGUGCGGACGUUCAUCGAGGAGUCGUUGCCGUGGGGCGAGUUUGGGGAUGAUGGGAUGAGGCCGGAGGAGUUUUAUGAGUAUACGCUCAACUAUAUGCUUACGGUGGAGCAUUUGGAGAGGCAACCUAAGCACUUGCAACGAAUUAGGGAGAGGCGAGGUGGCGUCUCCAUUGAUCUGCAUAUGAAUAACCUAGAGUUAUAUGUAGACAUGGUGCGGGCACGUAAGGAAGAGCAGUCUGCAAAGACGAAGAGGGGAGGCAAACAAAAGAAGAGACAAAGAGAUGAGUCCGAUGAUGAGGACAGCGGAGAAGAGAUUCUCGUACAAAGAGCUCUGGCGCGAGAGAGGCCGAGCAAGAAAAUGAGAACACGAUGAGCCAGCUGGUCUGGACUCGGGGUCCUCGGUCUACAAAGACCAUUAGCAUGAAGCAUUUUAAUUUAGCGCUGCAUAGCAUUAGCGUAUUUUUCGAUUCAUAUAAAUAUAUGGUUCCAUGAUUAAACAUUUGACUUCCAACCUGCUUGAACGUGAUAGUGAUAUAAAAAGUGACGUUUCGCUGCGUACCUAGGUGACGACUGUCUUCAGUAAAACUUUGUACUUAAGGGAUGGAUGUACCUUUAUUGCCUUUGAAGGUUGUACAAGGCCCGAGUUGAAUGAAAGAAAGAGCGCGGUAGAGAACAUAUUGAGUAUGCAGCGUACAUAUGCGAAUAUGAAA